CAAGCUCAUUCUACACUGGAGAGGGGGAGAGAGAGAGCUAUCUUCACCAUUUGCUCUCUUAAUAGAUCAGAGAGAGAGAGAGAUAGCGAGAGAGAGAGAGAGUUCGUGAUGGGCAACCACAGGUUCAGGCUAUCAGACAUGAUACCAAAUGCCUGGUUUUACAAACUCAAGGACAUGGGCAGUAGAACCAGAAAUCGAAACAUCAAUCACCCCAGAAAGAAAAAACAGCCAAUCACAUCAUUAUCAACAACAUCAUCAUCCUCAUCAUCAUCAAUCACCACUACUACUACUUCAAAUCCACCACAACACCAAUCCAAACCAAUCCAACCCCACCUCCUCCUCUCUCACCAAAGAAAAUCCUACUACUACUCUAGAGACCUCACUCCUUCCCCACAAUCCCCCCUUCACCCCCCAAAAUCCCCUCCAGAAACCAUUUUCCCUGAAUUGCCUAGAAAAUCAUCCAAACAGAGUCGUUCCACCAGAAACAAAGCCUCCAUUGUUAAGCCAGCUCUUAAGCUUGUCACCUCCUCUGUCUCCUCUGUUUCUACUAAGCCCGAUUCAACCUCCGAGGAGUACCCAAAUUCUCCACUAGACAGCUCAUCCGACCCUGAAUCUCUCUUCCCUGAAUUUGGCUCUGACCAUAGCUCUGUUCGCUGCAGAUUCGAAGAUGAUAUCGUUAUCGACAUCAUUGACUCAAAAUUUGAUGUGUUUGAUUCAGUUUCCAAGCUUCAACUCCCUCCAAUCGUAACAAAAAAAACCAUUACGGAUUCAAUACAGGAAAUCGAGAAGAAGAAGAUUAUUAAUUCCAAUGAACUCACAAAACAGAGGACCAGCCCUGUUCGGAGACUCUCUGCGAGCUCUCCGGGGCUGAGACUCCGAACCAAUUCUCCUAGAAUUGCAAACAAGAAGAUUCAGAGCUCCGGUGGCGGCGGCGGAAGGAGGAGCAGCAGCCUGUCGGAGAGUUUUGCUGUGGUGAAGUCGUCGGCCGAUCCACAGAGAGAUUUUAAGGAAUCAAUGGUGGAGAUGAUUUUGCAAAACAACAUAAGGGCAUCAAAGGACUUGGAAGAUCUUCUUACUUGCUAUCUGCAAUUGAAUUCAGAUGAAUAUCAUGAACUCAUUAUCAAGGUGUUCAAGCAAAUCUGGUUUGAUCUUGCCAAUGUUAAAGGUUGAAGUAAUCUAUCUUUUCAAGAUUCUUAAAGAACUCAGCUUUAUAUCUAUUUAUCUAUAUAUGUGUACGUAUCACCUUCUUUUAGGUUUAAGUUUCUUCUUAUAGUGUUUUUCUGAGGAAAGCUUUUUAAGUUUCUCUUGGUGGAUCAACUGGGGAUUAGUAGUAAACCUUGUAUAUAUUUUUAGAUUUAUAAUUAAAAUGCAGUUUUAUUUGUCUUUA